AGCCUUUAAAAGAGAGUUUUCUUCAGGGAGUUUCUUUGUUCCACACACGCAUCAUUUUAAGCAUAUCUGUGUGUUAAAAUCUGGUGUGUAAUACAACUGUGUUUACACUAUAUACUAUGUUUGACCUUAGGCGUAUGAGGUCAUAGGUAGAAAAUAUUCAUAUUGUUUACGUUAAAAUCACGUUAAAGUACACUAGCUGAUGCACGUCCACACACACAAACACACACUCACAAUUUCUGUGUUUACAAAUGAGCUAUAAAUACUGCAUUGCUAAUCCAAUGAUUAUGACAGCCAUUAAAUGUAUUCACAUUAAUACAUACUGUAGAUAUAAAUGAUAUGGCUAUGUUUCUUUCAUUAGCUUAAUAGCUGCAUAUAAAUCCUGAGCUGUACAUUCAAUAUUAAAUGAAGACACUGUUGGCUGGCAGCUCUUUUCCUCUAAUGUAUUAAUAGAACACAGUCAUGAUAUCCACCCCACCCUCCUCCCUCCCUUCCCUCGCCCCCAUCCUGCCCUAGUUUCCAUUCCCAGCUAUGCAGUGCACCCUUUCACACUGAGACAGCCACCAAAACAACACUCCACACUCACAGGGAUAGGCGGUCCGAAGGCACAUUAUGGGGGAAGAGAGACACAGCGACAACAUAAUCUGUAUCUAUCAUUCAAAGGGAUGUUUUAAUUUAAAGUAGACCCACUCCGUGGAAUACUAAUUAGCCAAGCUUAGGGUGUUAUUAGUCACAGUCCUGUAGAUAUUGUCUUCCCUGUUCUAAGAAAUCUGUUUGAUGUCUGCAGCUGGGUCUUUUAUAUCCAUAUUGUAAAUUAAUGUCAGUCGAGGGAAAUAGGCUGCAUGAAUAAAAGAGCAUGAAUUUCAUAGGAAACAUUAGGUUGAUUAUGAUUUAUAAAUCAUGAUUAAAAUGGAUGAAGAUGAGAAUAAUGAUGAUAACGUGUGGAAUGCAGCCGGUGUUAUUCUGGACAUUGACUCAGGAUCCUGGGCAGACCGCUCACCCCUCCAUGAUGCUGCGAGUCAGGGCCGCCUCCUGGCUCUGAGGACCCUCAUUUUACAGGGUCACAGUGUGAAUGUUCUGACCAUAGACCAUGUGACACCCCUUCACGAGGCCUGUGUUGGAGACCAUGUUGCCUGUGCCAGAGCUCUCAUUGAUGCAGGAGCAAAUGUCAAUGCUUCUACAAUUGAUGGUGUCACCCCUCUGUUCAACGCCUGUACAGUGGGCAGCGUGGCAUGCACUGAAAUUCUUUUGGAAAAUGGAGCAAAACCCCAGAGCAUUGUAUACAAUCCUUCACCGAUCCAUGAAGCUACGAGCAAAGGUCAUUACGGUUGUGUGGAGGCUCUGGUGACUUGGGGGGCAGAUGUGGACAUGGACAUUCCUCACCUGGGCACGGCGCUCUAUACAGCCUGUGUCUGCCAAGAGCUAGAGUGUGCCAGGAAACUCCUGAGGGAAGGUGCAAACGUACAGAAAGGCAGAUCCCUGGAUUCACCUUUACACGCAGCUGCAGAAAAAGACUGCACAGCUGUAGUGAAACUGCUGCUGGACUUCGGUGCAGACAUUAAUGCCAGGAAUAUAGAGUUUCAGAGGCCAGUAGAUGUGGCUCCACCAAGUAGUCUAACAGAGGGCUUCCUACUGCUCUAUGAAGCUACGCCACGACUGCUGAGCCAGCUGUGCCGUCAUUGCAUCAGGAACUGCGUCGGCCGUGACAGACUCCACCUUCUUUCCCAUCUUCCCCUGCCCAACAGGCUCAAGAGCUACCUGCAGUACCAAUGACAGACAGAACAACCAAACUAUCUGCCUGAAUAGGACUUAUCGAAAGAAGUUGUUAAAACAAACAGCACAUCAGUUCCAUGAACUAUUCCAACCUUUAAUUUUAGAUACCAGUCAAUGCAGUAAGUGCAAUUAAUUAACAUAAGUCACAGAACAGACAGAGUAGUCGACAGUACCAUGCUGUGUGGAGCUGGCUUGCACCCCAUAUGUGAUUGUGGACCUAGAUGAAUGUAAAGCAGGGAGUUUCUAAAAAAGACCUUGCAGGCUUACCCUUCACUGGAUAAACUGUGGUUGAAAAUAUAAUAGGAAGUUUAUUUAAAAUAUUCUUUUUAAUUAAGGUUUGCUGUAUUUAGAAGAUACCUUAAAGGGAUAGUUUGGGUGUUUUGAAGUGAGGUUAUGUGAGGCACCUAACUAUAGUUAGUGUAUUACCUACAGUAGAUGGUGGUCGGCGCACCCACAGUUUGGAGAAGCAGACAGGGUUCCUGGCACAGAAGCAGAGCUAUGCACUGCUGUGGAUAGGGUCAUUUGAAAAACAUAUGUUAGACAACUUGUUAGCCAAGUUUAAAUGUACACUAUAUAAGGAAUAUAUUCAUUGCUUUUACCUUGCCAUCAUACAGCAUAUUCCUAUGCAUAAGCCCAACUGCACGAUGCACUGUACCACAGAUCAGCUGUCUGGAUCAGCCAGAAAAACACAAGUAUACACCAUCUUUGAAAUCUUUCUGAACCAAACAGCUGAUUGGUGUAACAGUGUGCAGCACAGUUUGAAGUUCUCCGGUUAGUGCCAAAGAAAAAGGCUGUCAGACAGCAAUGCAAAGCGGUAAAAUAUUCUUAAUAUAGCGUACGAUUUGUUUAAGAUGGGUUGUUUUUAUAUGGCUAAAAUAUGUUUUUUUUUUUCUGCUGACCCUGUCAACAGCAGUGUAAAGCUCUGCUUCUGUGAUGGGAGUGUGGUCUGCCUCUCUAUACGGAGGGUGUGCUGACACAGGUAAUGCACUGACUAUAAAUAAGCACAACAUACAACCCAACAACAAAUAACCCAAUUAUCCUUGUAAUAGUUGCAAUAGCUACCAGAGAGUGAUGCACUUUGAAGUUAUAUGUAAAUGAGUAUAGAACAUAGUUUUGCAUUUGAUAUAUAAUGCAUUGAACACUACUAGGUGAUUAAACUGUUUUGAAACAUGGUACAUUUCAAAAUAUGUCGUCUUUGUACGUAUGCAGGCUGUGCUGGUGAUGAGUGAUGUCUGACUGAGACGUGCAGUGGGAGAAUUAUUAUUUAGAAAAUUCUCACAACAAAAAUAGUCGACAAGUUUAAUCUUGGAUUACUGAGCGCUGAUGAGUGGGGGAGGCUGACCUCUGUUGUAAAAUCCCAAAUGGAAAAUAUGAUGGGGGUGGGUGGAGCAGCUGACACAAUGGUUAAUAUGGGAAUUAAAUAAAGCUCAUAAGGCCUUGUGAAUAAAUAACCAUAUGGACAAAGUAACAGGAUAACAUUUUGUAAUACUGAGCUGACAUUAAACAGAAAUUAUUUCACAAUUUUAUGAUCACAUUACCUGUUUGUAUAGAUUAUAGAUAUAAGAUCAUUUUUCAUAAUGUCUCAUUUAUGUAUUUAACAUUGUAUA